GCGGCGCUGGCCGGGCUCUUUUGUUCAGGGCGGCGGACGGAGCGCGGCCAGGCCCGGGCCCCCCCCGACCCCCGAGCGCGCCCCCCGCGCCCCUUCCCUCGGACACCGGCGGCGGGGCUGUGCAAGCAGCCCGGGAAAGCGGAGAAGCUGGCCAGCACAAUGGGAAAAAAGCAGAACAAGAAAAAGGUGGAAGAGGUGCUGGAGGAGGAGGAGGAGGAAUACGUGGUGGAAAAAGUCCUGGAUCGGCGCGUGGUCAAGGGAAAGGUGGAAUAUCUGCUCAAGUGGAAGGGAUUCUCCGACGAGGACAACACCUGGGAGCCCGAGGAGAACCUGGAUUGCCCGGACCUGAUCGCGGAAUUCCUGCAAUCCCAGAAAACCGCCCACGAGAGCGAGAAAUCCGAGGGCAGCAAGCGCAAGGCCGAGUCGGACACGGAGGACAAAGGGGAGGAGAGCAAACCAAAGAAAAAGAAGGAAGAGUCGGAGAAACCGCGAGGCUUCGCCCGAGGCUUCGAGCCGGAGCGAAUCAUCGGAGCCACGGAUUCCAGCGGGGAGCUGAUGUUCCUGAUGAAGUGGAAGAACUCGGACGAGGCCGACCUGGUGCCCGCCAAGGAAGCCAACAUCAAGUGCCCGCAGGUGGUGAUCUCGUUCUACGAGGAGCGGUUGACAUGGCACUCCUACCCCUCAGAGGACGAUGACAAGAAGGAGGACAAGAACUAAGCCCUGGCUCUCCCCUCCUCGGGCAGCUUUCGGGGCUUUUUUUUUUUUUUUGGGAAGACGAUCCGAACUUUUGUGGGGUGUGAGCAAAGGAGGGGUUUGGAGGUGCCCUUGGAAGAGCCCCCCCAGCCCGGUUGUUGUGCCCUGCAGCCACUCCUCUGCUCCCUGCCGUGUCCAGAUUCCCAGCAGAAUCCCACGGAAUUCCAGAUUCCAUCGGGGA